AUGUCCGUCUUGGAAAUGGGCUUCCACAUUCGUCAGCACUUGCGAGUCAACCUUUUCCGCAAAUACCUCAACUAUACUCGGAACUCCAGGCUUCGCGUACCGAUUCAAGAUCUCAAAACAAGCAUGAUGGAGGACAUUCCUACUUUAGCUAGAGAUGGCUACCUCAUCAGCUUUGAAAUCUUGAAGAAGGUGUGCAAGGUUGUUUGUGUUGGCUAUUGGCUUCUCAAGAAGCAUCCUCGCUCCGGCAUUCCACUUGCGAUCUACCCCACUUUGAUGCUCUUGUGGUUGGGCUCUCGAUACAAGCGCAGGCUUUGGCUGCUAAAGAAGACCGGCGACGGAGGGAGCGACACUCAAGGCUGGCUUCUCCACGCGGAUGCAUCUUAUGAUCUGGUCAACGAUUACGGUAACCGCAAUGCCAUCGUGGGCAAGUUCCAGCAGGUUCUACAAGAUCAGCGCAAGUUGGUGAUGGCUUUGAAGUCGUUCUCUUUCUGGAGUGGCAUCAUCAUCCCUUGGAUUACUAUCAUCGCCACCGGCUUCUACAUCGCUGCUGCUGGGAAGCUCGUGACCGAAGGUGAGCUUUCACUGGGUUCCUUCUUGGCGACCAUCAACUUGUAUAAAGACUUGGGUGACCGCUUUGAUGGGAUAUAUGCGGACUUUGAGGCACUGUCCGAGGUCAUAGAUCCUUUGUCGGUCCUGACUGUCCAGUUCAACUUGGAAACUGACUUGCCUCAGCGGAUGGAAGCGCACGAAGCGCAUGAGCAGAAGCCUGGUUCAUGUCAUUGUGAUGCAGGUGUUCAGAAGGGCUUCUGA